AUGUCGGCGCGGGAGUUGCGAGCCAAGGUAAAGUCGGUGGAGGCAGAGGAGCCGACGGAGGACGAGUCGUCUUGGAGUUCUGAAGAAGAUGAGGGAGACGUAGUGGACGUGGCUCAGGAUGAGACGCUUGCACGAGUGUUGUUGGCGGUUCGAAGAGGUGACGAGGAGGAGGCGAAGACGUUGAUGCGUAGUGUCCAAACACAUUUGCCGCGAAAGCCGAAAAAGGAGAAGUCUAAGACCUUGCGCGACGUGCAGGCGGAAGAGGUGGCGCAGUUAGCAGGUCUAAAGCGGAGUAGACCCGCCGGCCCGGUGGUCGAGGUGUCGGGUGGUGGUUCGAAAGAGGCUGUGGUGUCUGCUUUGAAUGCCUUGAGUGAGGAUGAAAGCGAAGACGAAGGAGGUCUUCGGGUCGUCUGUGAAGAUGAGGGGAUUGAAAAGGAGCGCGUGAAGAAACCUCGUUUGGCCCCACAUGGUUUGGCCCAUGGUUUGGCCUCACAUGGUUUGGCUUCCGCGUUGGAAGAUAGUAACGCGCCGGAAGACCAAUUCUUGAAGAAGUACUUCGGCCAGCAAUUGUGGCAGGACAAGAACGACAAGGCUGUGGUGGUGGAGGACCUCUUUGCCGACGAGAGCCUUGAGGAUGUGGAACGUGCAGAUGAGUUUGAGCAUCGCUAUAACAUGCGUCACGAAAAGGCCGGGCAGACACACGAGCGUAUGCAGGACGCAUUCGCCGAAGUCAAGCUGAGUAAAAGAGCCGAAGCUCGGAAGGCGAAACUAGAACUUAAAAGGCAGAAGACGCAGCAACGUAAGGACGAAUUAAUCAACGACAUGCUCGGCGGAGGCGAAGGUAUCGCGCUCGUUGGCACCGACCACUGCAUGACUGGAAUGGAGGACGCGCAAAACAACACAAUGUUGGGGCCAAAUGGUAGGGACCGGAUGAUAGAUAUGGACACGAUAGAAAAUGAUCAGGAGGAUGAUGAAGGUAUUUUUGAAUGGUUCUUGUGUGAUUCUUGUAACACCCCGAUCAAGCCCACCAAGAAGAUGUUUCGUUGCAGACAAUGUGAAGACUUCUCUCUUUGUGCGUCGUGCCAGAAAAUACUUAAACAUGAACACAGUCUAUAUAAAACAAAAUGCCCGGCGGACGCACAACCACCUGAUGAUUGGCGAGCAGUUGUCGCCCAACAAAGCAUGGAACGGGCGGUGGAGCAAAAGUCAAUAUCCAAGGGCGAGUUUCUGGCGACCAAAAUAUUGCAAGAAAUCUCAUUCUUGCCGGAUGCUAACUAUAAGUAUGUUGCCUGUGAUCCUAAACAAGAGAAGUACUCUAUGGAGUCAUUGAUUAAUGAAAUGACCGAAGUGAAGAAGGACUCCGAGAGAGAGAAACAUGAGCAAUCAUCAAAGAGGAAGUCGUCAAUCAAGCUGAAAGUUCUCAAAACCGACAGCAAUAACAAGAGUAAGGAUAGGAGCAAGGGGAAGAGUAAGGAUAGGAGCAAGGGGAAGAGUAAGGAUAGGAACAAGGAGAAGAAGGCUGAUGCUGCCUCUUCCAUGGCCGACGCUGGGAUUGAAGCCAGCACGACGUCCGAGCCCGAGGUCUAG